AUGUCUUCAAAGCCAGAGGAGGAUAAAGAGAGGCUGGCUCAAGCUGCCAAAAUGUUCUUCUUUCACAUACAAGAUAUUGCUUCCUUCACCAACAGACUUAUUGAAUUGUUUAAUCGCAAUAUGAAUACCCAGAUUAUCUUGACGGCUGUGAAGGAAGAUGAUGACGUUAAGAAUUUCUUUGAAUAAAUGCUCAAAAUUGUUAUGGAAAUGCAAUCUGCAGUGGAUGCAGUGAACACAAACAUGCAAAAUGAGCCUUUAUAUUCUAAGAUUGCAAUGGCUGUGUCCUCUGUGGUUGAGCAGAGUACCAAUGUAAAGGAAUUGCAUCAGUCAGCCAAAAAAGUGUUCAAAAAUGCCCACAUGCCACUCAUUGCCUCUGUUCUGAGUCAUGGCAAUGUCCUUGGGAUUUUGGUAUCUUCUAUUACACUCUUGAUGAAAUUUCCCAUCAUGAAUCUUCGAUUGAGUGACUUCUACAGGAAAGACAUCAAAGAGCAGUCAGAUGCCACCACAUCUGGGAAAAGUACGAGUUCAGGUCCCGAAACCAACACAACAUAUAACUUGAAAAAGUUGCAGGAUGCACUAGAAGAUGAGAAUGCCAAGAAUCCAAUACAGUCAGCUGCAGAUCAGUUGGAGCAAAUAAUUAAGACUAUGGGGCCUGUGUUAGAGAUCCUCCAAAAAGCCACAAAGACUAUGGUGACCAAUAUUUCCCUGUUUAAGAAAGUUAGUGACAAGUAG